UAUGUAAUUAUGAUAUUUUCAUAGACACUGAUGUUUAUGUGGAGUCGCACUGCUUUAAAUAAAUGGUGAGCAAUUGCUACCAUUUUCGUCCAUGGGUUUCCGAAAUUUAGGCAUAUGUAUUCGGUCAUUUUGGAGAUGCUUGCCAAUUUAAAUAAACCUUUAACCAUCAAUUCCUCUCUCUCUUUAACUUUCAUUGCUCUAAAAGUCUCUUCCUCCUUCCAAAUCUUUGAGCUUGAAACCUAAGAAAACCAAAAACUGAAGCCUCAAUAGGCUCUUCAAAACAUGGUGGAUGAACAGGAAAAACCUCAUGCAAUCUUUGUAGCCUAUCCACUUCAAGGCCAUUUAAUCCCAUCCGUCCAUCUAGCCAUCAUACUGGCAUCAAGAGGUUUCACCAUUACCUUCAUCAACACCCACUUCAUACACCAGCAAACAUCCAAAUCCGAGCCUGACAACGAUCACGAUAUCUUCGCAAGAGUCCGGCAAUCCGGCCUUGACAUCCGUUACCUCACCGUUUCCGACGGCCUCCCUCUCGAGUUCGACCGCUCGCUCAACCAUGACCAGUUCAUGGCUGCCUUGUUGCACGUGUUCUCCGCCCACGUAGAGGAGGCAGUGGCAAAGAUUGUGAAGUCAGAACAGGCGGUGAAUUGUUUGAUAGCGGAUACGUUCUUCGUGUGGCCUUCGAAGACGGCCAAGAAGUUUGGACUCAAAUAUAUUUCUUUCUGGACAGAACCUGCCUUGGUUUUCGCACUGUAUUAUCAUGUGGAUCUUCUGAGGAAAAACUGCCACUUUGAUUGCUAUGAUACACGCGAGGACACCAUAUAUUACAUUCCGGGAGUUCGAGAAAUCAAUCCGACGGACACAACGUCGUAUCUACAAGAAACGGAUACAUCAUCGGUGUGCCAUCAGAUCAUCUUCAACGCAUUCAAGGAUGUUAGGGGUGCAGAUUUUGUUCUAUGCAACACGGUGCAAGAACUCGAAUCCGACACCAUCUCAGCUCUACAGGCCGAAAUGCCAUUCUAUGCCGUGGGACCCAUCUUCCCAACUGGGUUCACCAAGAGCACUGUAGCCACCAGCCUGUGGUCCGAGUCGGACUGCACCGAAUGGCUCAAGACCAAGCCUCAUGGCUCAGUUCUGUAUGUGUCCUUUGGUAGCUAUGCUCAUGUCACCAAAAAUGAUCUCGAGCAGAUAGCACAAGGUCUGUUACUAAGCAAAGUUAGUUUUCUUUGGGUGCUCCGUGCUGACAUCGUGAGCUCCGACGACGUGGAUCCGCUGCCGGCUGGAUUUAAGGAGGAGAUGGGCGACCGUGCCAUGAUCGUACCUUGGUGCUGCCAGAUACAGGUGUUGGCACACCCAGCCAUCGGAGGGUUCUUGACUCACUGCGGAUGGAACUCAACAUUGGAAAGCAUUUGGUGUGAAGUUCCUUUGUUAUGUUUUCCACUCUACACCGACCAAUUCACUAACAGAAAACUAGUGGUGGAUGAUUGGAAGGUUGGUAUCAAUCUCAUUGACAAAAAGCCAAUCAAGAGGGAGGAAGUGUCUGAGAAGAUCAACCGUCUGAUGAGUGGAAAAUCAGGGGAUAAUUUCAAGAAGGAGAUCAAAGAGGUGAAAAAGAAACUGGAAAAUGCAGUGACAGAUGGAUCAUCACAUAAAAAUUUUGAUCAGUUCAUCAGGGAUCUAAAGAAUAGCAUUCAAAACAAAAGUGGAGAUAUCGGAGUGCAAAAACAUAAUUCUUUGUCCAAUGGCAGUUAACUUGGUGUUCCAUAUUUGUCAAUGGUCGUAAUUAAUAAUAGGGCCGGUUUGUUCCCCGUCACUAAAAUCAAUCACUAUGGUUUGCUGUCAAGUCCCUUAUUUUUUCCCUUUAAACAGAAUAGAUAACAUCAAGGAUCAUGUUUGAAGGUUUGUCUUUAUUAUGAAGUGGAGCACUAAAGAUAUUAAUGCAUCAAUGACGUCCACCUGCAUUGCACUAGUGGAAGGCCCAGUUUCUUAGUCAACUCGUCAAGUCUGUGCAGAGUCCACUUAUGUUUUGCCAACUGCCUUUUUCUCCAUCUAAACAUGAUCAACAAUUCUCUCUAAUGCCUCGUUAAGUAGGAAACAUGCAACUUGGAUAGAAGAGGAAAAAAGAGACAUUCGAGCGUAGUGAUUGUGCUUGUUAGGGAAAAAGGGAAGUGUGACUUUUAAAUUGUUCAAUAUGUAAUUUAUGGAUGAAAAUAUUGUAAUUUAUAAUUGGUAUAAUUUAAUAAAAUAUUGAAAUUUAAAAUUUAUAUAA